GAGAUUGUCUUUGUUUCCUCAUCAGUCAGUCGUGACUAUUUCCGAUUCACCCCGCUUGAGCAACUAAGGUUGAAUAAAAAGCGCUCGGCUAAUUCUGAGUGACGUUGGACGUACAGUUGUGCUGUUGGACGAUACUACUCUAUCUAGCGUCGACUGUGGUGUAGCCAAGUCCACAAUUUGGAAGAACGGUGCCAUUUUUUUCCUUUCGUGGUUUUGGACGCUCCGUCGAUCCGCUGUUACCUAUUACUCCCGAUCAAUAUUUCUCUCCCCUGCCCAACAUUUUUCGCCCCGCGUUUGUCGACGAAUCUAGACCAGGGAUAGCUGAAAGACAAGGCCCCGGACUCUCCGUUUCAAUUUGAUUUGACCCGGAGAACGUUCGUACCCAACUAUGGCGACUCAGCUCGUUCCUCUGCCGGAAGUGGAGAGACUCAGUGCUUCAGUGGUGCGGAUACUUGGUGGUAAUCCCGGCAAGUUUACAUUGCAGGGAACAAAUACAUAUCUGAUAGGUCGUGGACCUCAACGGAUUCUAAUUGACACUGGUGAAGGCAAGCCUUCCUGGGCCUCUCAUCUGAAGACAAUCCUGUCGGAAGAGAAUGCCACCGUGCAUAAAGCACUCUUGACGCACUGGCACCAUGAUCACGUCAAUGGCAUCCCUGACCUUCGCAAGCUUUGUCCUCAAGUCACUAUCUACAAGAAUCAACCAAACGAGGGUCAGAGUGGUAUUGAAGAUGGACAGGUCUUCAGCGUAGAAGGAGCCACAUUGAAAGCGUUCCAUACGCCGGGGCAUACAGUUGAUCAUAUGAUAUUUGUGCUAGAGGAAGAAGACGCGAUUUUUACUGGUGAUAACGUUCUGGGACAUGGGACUGCGGUAUUUGAAGAUUUGACAGUGUAUCUGUCCAGUCUACAGCGAAUGCAAGACCGAGUGUUGGGACGCGGGUACCCUGGCCAUGGAGCAGUAAUUGAGAAUGCAACGACAAAAAUCACUGAAUAUAUCAAGCAUCGACAACAGCGAGAAGAUGAGGUGAUACGCGUUUUACGUUAUGGAAAACUUGAUGUCCCUGAUGAUGAACCAUCACCGGAGCGGAGAGCCUCUUGGACCCCCCUUGAGAUAGUGAAAGUGAUCUACCAUAACGUCCCGGAAAGCCUCCAUCUGCCAGCGUCGCACGGGGUGCUGCAGGUGCUAAUGAAGUUAGAAGCCGAGGGUAAGACAGUCCAUGACACGGAGUCGGGAAAGUGGAGGCUGGAAACCGGGAAGUCUGCGCUAUAAACCCCCUUCAUUAUAGCUCUGUGUGACACUAGAAUCAUGUCUAUCUAAUGACAUUUCAUACAACUGUGAGUGCCUGGGAUUCAUGACGCGUGGCCUCGGAUUACUGAAAGUAGAAAGCAUGGACGACCACUGCACCGCAGGGAAAUUUACAGAAAAGCGCCGGGGGGGCAUGCCAGGUUUGCCUAGAAUGACUUGACACUAGACUGAG